AAGAGGGUGGCUGACAGGCUGGCCAAAAAACAGGGUCAAACACCCGACCGGAAGCCAUGGCAACGCGGCCAGGACACGGGACUUGGGGCGGGUGUGGUUUUGGCUUUGUUUACAAGCAGUCCAGGCCCAAAGUGUCAGGAUUCGAUAGAGCGAAUCUGGCAGAAUGAGCACGCGAAAUGUUAUGAUCACAGACUUGGAUCAACCUGAUCCGGAGCCGCAGCAGCAGCAACAACCGAAGAAACACCGGAAGGUCCUCCAGACGCUGUCGGGCAACUUUAGUCGUCGCUCACGUAGUGUGGAGGUGGAAGUAAAGCAGCGACAUGACAACUUGGGCACUGGCCACAAGGACCGCAGGAAGGAUCGCUCCUUCAACACGCUGCUGCAGGCCAAGGAGCAGCAGUUGGAACAACUGGUUCAGCGAUUGGCCACCCUGCAUCGGUACAACGACCAGUUCGCCAAGGAGAACGACCAACUGCGUCAGGAUAGUAGUCAGCUGGAGCGGCGCUUGGCGGAGGCUGAGCAGAAGGUGGCCAGUUGUGCCCGCUGCCAGCAGCUUGGCCAGCGUCUGGACACCGUUCUCGGACAGAAUCGAACUCUGGCCGGCGACGUGGACAUGUUGAAGACACUCGUCUUCAGGCUGAACGUACAGAUCGAGAGCUACCAGGAUCAGAGGCGCCACGGGGAGGAGGCUUCUUCGAGUGGAGGACCAGCCAAAGUCAAUUCGUCAUCUGCGUCCUGUCCACCAUUACCCACCCACACGUUGGGUCCACUCCUGCAGGCCUACGAUGAAUCACUGAGGGACAAGGAUGCUCUGCUGACUCAAUUCAACACAGAGUUCGAGCACUUUACCGGAGAACUGAAGCGAGCUCUGGAGGAGAACACCAAGCUGCUGCAGUCCCAGGAGCAACUGCGUCGCGAUCUCGGCGGCUGGCGUGAGGAGCGUGUGUGCCUGAUGGCCCAAUUAGGCGUAUGUCGCUCCAAAGCGGAGGCUCAGACCCGCAAGACGGACUUGGCCAAGGAGAAGCUGGUGGAGGUGAUGCACUGCUACGAACAGCGCACUCAGACGCUGCUCCUGGACAUGGACCACCUGCAGGCGGCAUAUGCGCGGACCAAGUCGGAGUUAGCCGCCCUCAAAAGUGCUCCAUCAGCUGUUCCUGCUCCGGUUCCAGCUCCUGUUCCCGCCGAAACGGAUGCAGUGCAUCAGUGCAAAGUUCUGCUCGAGCAGUUAAGGCAGGAGCACGCUAGGGAGCGAUCUUCUCUCCAGGAUCAGCUGCAGGCCACCACCGCACGGGCAGCUUCGUUGGUCCGCAGCACGGAGAAGGCCAAACACAGCAGAGAUCGGCUAAAGGCUCGCCUCAGGAUGGCCCUUCAGUGGGCGCAAAAGCUGGAGGCAGGACAGGCGGAAGUACGUGACACCUACGAGUCGGUACGCCGUCUGGAGGUGCUUGUCCAGCACAAGGAGUCACAACUGCGUGGAUUGCACUCCCGGAACGCCGAGGAACUGGACAAGAUGCGCCAUAAGCUCCAGCAGAAGGACGAAACGAUCCGUGCUCUGCUCAGAGGCAAGAUGGAGCGGAGGCCAGCGGUGGAUUAACAACUAAAAUAUAGCUUUUAACAAUUAAAAAUAUAUAA